AUGGCGGACGCUGUUUUCGACGAGGAAACAAACGUAUUUUUGAGUCAAGUAGAUAUUGAGCCUGUCGAUGCAAACUGGUUCGACAUUGAAACAGACUUUGUACUAAGUCAGUUCAACUUGGAUAACGUUUUAGACAUGGACGUAAAAUCUGGUCUUAUUGAUAGGACUAGUAACUUUCCAUAUUCACAAACGAUUGGUGACGUAAAUGUUGAAGCCAAUAAAACGGAAACUAGUAAUUGCAACGGUAAAAGGUUUAACUUUGAAGCCAAAUCAUCUGACGUCAAAAAGCUGCAAGCAUUCUCUACGCCGUUAAAUACGCAGAGAAACACUCGCUGGGGCGUCAAUACCUUGGAUGAUUGGGGAAAAUGGCGAAAUGACAGGACUAUUGCCACUGGACUGAAAGAGAGUGCGCCUUACGUGUUAGUACCACCCCUUACUGUCGGUAUUGGUGCAGCGGAGCUUUGUCACUGGAUGUGUCGUUUUAUUUUGGAGGUGAGAAGACAGGAUGGUAGUGAAUAUCCGGCUGAAUCCUUGAGACAGCUAUGCAUAUCCAUUUGGCGGUACUUGCGUGACACUUGCAGACGCUACGAUUUGAACUUCUUUGACAGCCUGACUUUGUCGACUUACGCGAAUGCCUUGACGCCAGGAUGA